UAAAAAUUAGGUGAAAUAAAAAUUGUGAUGGUGGUGAUUUCGACAACAAAGAUAAUGACAUUGAUGAUGUGAGGUCUAUUUUUUUCAGAUAUACAAAAUAUGUUUUUUUUGCCACUAUGGUGAUCACAUCUGCCAUUUAUGUUACUGUUAAAAUAUGCCAAUUUUUACAAGCUGGUCUUGGAGUCUCAGCCAACAUCCUCCUCCUUGUCUUCCACAUCUUCAUGUUCCUUCUGGAUCACAGGCCUAAGCCCACUGACCUGAUCAUCUGUCACUUGUCCUUUGUUCACCUAAUGAAACUCUUUAUUGAGCUGUCUUUAUUGUCUGCAGAAGUGUUGGAAUCACUGAGCUCUACGAAUGAUGUUGAAUGUAAGGCUUUAUUCUGCCUGAACAGGGUGACGAGGGGUCUCUCCAUCUGCACCACCUGCUUCCUGAGUGUGCUCCAGGUCAUCACCAUCAGCCCCAGCACCUCCUGGUUGGCCAGGUUUAAAUCUAAAUGCACAAAGUACAUCUUUCAUUCUUUUGUCAUCUUAUGGUUUCUCAGUUUGUCUCUCAGCAGUAACUGCGUAUUGUUUUCUGUCACAUCUUUCAACGUGACCCAGACCAAUCUACUGAAUGUCGGUAAACACUGCUCACUUUCCCUGGACUCCAUCAUUAGGGGGCUGAUCUUAGCAUUAACGAUAUCCAGGGAUGUCUACUUUGUCGGAGUCAUGCUGCUCUCGAGUGCAUACAUGGUGAUUCUCCUGUCCAGGCAUCAGAGGCGUUGCCAACACCUUCACAUCACCAGCUUCUCCUCAAGAGCCUCUCCAGAGAAAAGGGCCACCCAGACAGUCCUCUUGUUGAGAAAGAGAGUGCAGGAGCAUGAGCGACCAGGAGUGGCAGAGGGCAGAGAUAGAAGAAGACACUCCUCUGAGCACAGAGCCUGA